AUGCCCGUCGAGACUCCAGCCCAGUACGCUCGUCAACAUGGUCGGGCGACCGCCGUGGCAGGCUCAUCGACUGCGGUCGCUUCACCUACUGGACCUUCGAAUGGCAGUCGCACGGUGACGAUCGAGCACGAUGACGAUGACGACGACGAUGCCAAAGACGACGCGCACGAGCCAACGGGCCAAGACCAACGUCGAGUCGGGGUGUUGCGCCUGCGAGGGCGGGCACUACCCGGUGGUCCAAGGGUACAGUGGCAGGAUGACGUCGUCGACAACGAGAUGCUCAAUCGGAAAAAGUCAAAGAGUGAGUCUCCAGGUGGGGCGAAGGAGCGAAGCGGCAGGGGCGGCAGGGGCGGCAGGGGCGGGGUGGACGUCCACAACCCCUCCGUUCUUCUCACUGUGGGCGGCGGUAACCACGGCUGAGUGCUCACGACCACGUCAUCUUGCUGCACAGUCUGUUGCAUCUACCACAAGCCCAAGGAGUUUGACGAGUCUUCGUCGGACGAGUCAGGAUCAGAGUCGGCCUCCUCGGACGGGUCGAAUGACAGUCGGGUAGCCAAACCUCCGCGCCAGCGUCCCGCACGUCGACACCACAAUGACGAUCACGGCCAUGAUCAAGAUCAUGAAGGUUGUGGCUUGAAUCAAGCCAAUACAUCUGCCUCCGCAUCUUCCAAUAUGGUGACGGCUCCAACAGCAGCUGCCCUAAACGCCGAAUCGAGCCAUGAUACCCCGGAGGUGGCCCCGCCCGAGCCGAAUGCGUACGAGCGAUUACCGCAUCGAUCCGACAAGGGCAAAGGUUAG